UCUGUGGGCAGUGGGACAGGGAGAUAAUGUGACAGGCUGAGGUCAUGACGAAGGCGCCUGGGGGUGGGGAGGGGAAUAGUGUCACUCGGGCAGGACAUAAGUCAGGUCUUUAAAGCAGUGGCUGCAGGAAGGCAAGAACAGAUACAGCGAGUACUGCAUAAAGUUUGGGGAGAGAGGAGGAUCUGGAGCAGGGGAGUGGUCAGGAGGUUGCACAGAUCCAAGAUAAAGGCAUAGAGGAUGGCUAAUGACCAGGCAGUGAAAUGGGCAACAGAACGGAUUGAGCAGAAGCUGGCACUGGAGGAGCAGCAGCAGCACCAGGAGAAACACCGUUCCUGCCCCCCUGCAGAACCGCCAGAAGUGACGCGGCUAGGCAGCCCACUUCUGGAGGAUGAGAAGAAGCACGGACCUAUCAACAAAGGCAUUGAGGGGCUCAAGGGCCAAGAAAGAGUGCGGAGGAGCUCAGUGGACCUAAGGCGAGAGAUCAUCGAAGUCGGUGGCACCCAGUACCUCUUUGAGCUACGCAAAAAACCCAAAAAGAAGAAAGAGGAGAAGAAACCAGAGCCUGAGCUAGAGGAGAUUACAGGUCCUGUGGCGGAAGAGGACUUCUUGAGAGCCACUGUGCAGGGCAAGGUGCAUGUGGUAGACAAGUUCCUGGCAGAUGGGGGCUCCCCGGACACCUGUGAUGAGUUCCGCAGGACAGCUUUGCACCGCGCCUCACUUGAGGGAUACACAGAGAUUGUGGAGAAACUUUUGGCCCAUGGUGCCACUGUCGACUUCAGAGAUCGACUGGACUCCACAGCCAUGCACUGGGCCUGCCGAGGUGGACACUUGGAUGUGGUGAAACUGUUGCAAGAGAAAGGAGCCAAUCUCAACGUUAAGGACAAGCUUCUCAGCACCCCACUGCAUGUGGCCACCCGCACUGGCAUGCCUGAGAUUGUGGACCAUCUGAUAAACAAUGGGGUGGAUGUCAAUUCCCGUGAUCGGGAGAGAGACAGUGCCCUACAUGAUGCUGUGCGCCUCAGUCGCUACAAGAUAAUUAAGAUGUUGAUUCUGCAUGGGGCAGACAUGAUGGCCAAAAACCUGGCUGGGAAGACGCCUACAGACCUGGUGCAUUUAUGGCAGGCAGACACACGGGAAGUGCUGGAGAAGCAAGAGCCAAACGCAACAGAGUUGCCAGCAUGAGGCGCAGAUGGAUUGGACAAAAGAGGCAGAUGGAACUCCAAGCAAGGAUGGUUCUGGACUUGAGAGAGGUUGUGCCAUUAAAACUUAAUAAAGAGCCAAGCAAAGUAAAAA